AUGUCCAAGCCAACCCUCAUCUUCACCCCAGGCGCCUGGUACCCAGCCGCAGCAUUCAACCCGCUGAUCGACCUCCUGAGAGACGACCACCGCUGCCACACGGUCGCCUUCCCGUCCGUCCAGCAAUCGACCACCGUCAAGGACCUGCAACCAGACAUCGACACCGUGCGCGCGCUCGUCGAGGAGGCCGCAGAUGCAGGGCAGGAGGUUGUGGUCGUCUCGCACAGCUGGUCCGGUCUGCCGGUGAACAGUGCGCUCGACGGGCUGAGCAAGUCGGAACGCGAGCAGGCAGGAAAACCAGGUGGUGUCGUCAAGCUGGUUUUCAUCUCGGCGUUUCUGCCGGAUCUGGGGGAGAGUUUGAUCGGGGCUUUUGGGGGGACGCCGCCGGAUUGGUAUAAUCGGGAUCUCGAAAAUGAAACUGUCACGGCCAGUGACCCCCACCAACUAUUCUUCCAUGAUGUCCCCGACGGUGCCGCCUGGGCCCCGACGCUUCUACCUCAUGCUUGGGCGACUAAGGUUGCGCCGGCUACCGGUGCGGCAUACCUGAACAUCCCGGCCUCGUAUCUCUUGUGCGAGGAAGACCGGGCGAUCCCUAUCGCGGUUCAGCAGGUUAUGGUUGAGCGGGCUCGGGAGAAGGGAGCGCAGAUUGAGACAGAGAAGAUUGGUACGGGCCAUACGCCGUACCUGGUGGUGCCGGAGCAGGUGGCCGCGUAUAUCAAGAGACAGAUUGGCGAGGCAGUUUGA